AAAAUAAACUCUUUUAGACCUCCUUAAUCAAUAGAACAAAUAUCAAUCAAUUCGGCAAGUCGAGCAAGUGUGUUUGAACAAUGUCAACAGACAAAGUUGCAGAUCUCCUUGAGAGGAACAAAGAGGUUUCCAAGUCGUACAAGCGACCGCCACCGCUUGGCGAGGGUCUGGAGAAAAGAAAGAAGAAGGGAGCAAAAGGGACAGUCAUCAUCUCCUGCGCCGAUCCACGAAUUACCCCGGAACACUUUCUGGGCCUCAACUUUGGUGAAGCGGCAAUUAUUCGAAAUGGCGGGGGCAGGACAGUGGAUGCACUGCGCUCCAUCCUCGACCUUGAUUCUCUUGGGGCGACUGGAACAGUGGUUGUGAUCCACCACACAGAUUGUGGCAUGACGUAUCUAAGUGAGGAAGAGUUCCACGACCGAGUCGAAAAGAAGCACCCUGAUUUUGCUGGACGUCAUCCCGACUUCAAUUAUGGAGCAAUCAACGAUCCCGAGAAGAGUGUCGUUGCCGAUGUGGAGUAUCUGAAAAGCUUCCCCACGUUGGCUGAAAACAUGACUAUUGCCGGUCUUGUGUUUGAUACUUUCACCGGAGAACUAAAGAGGAUGGUUUAGGGGCGGAGAAGGAAAGGGAAGUUGUACGAACAGAGAAGAGGACGAAUAAAUAGUAAAUAAAGUUUUGCU